AUGACGGACCGCUCCACCUUCGACACCAAUGUCAUCACCAUGACCCACUUCGUAAUGGAAGAGGGCAGGCGGGCGAAAGGCACUGGAGAGUUCACGCAGCUCCUCAACUCCCUCUGCACAGCCAUCAAAGCCAUCUCCACCGCCGUCCGUAAAGCGGGCAUCGCCAACCUCUAUGGAAUUGCUGGGUCUACCAAUGUGACAGGAGAUCAAGUAAAGAAGCUGGAUAUCCUUUCCAAUGACCUGGUGAUUAACAUGCUCAAGUCAUCCUUCAGUACAUGUGUUAUCGUGUCAGAAGAAAACAAAGAUGCUGUGAUAGUGGAAACUGAUAAAAGGGGUAAAUACAUAAUCUGCAUAGACCCUCUAGACGGCUCUUCAAACAUUGACUGUCUUGUUUCCAUUGGGACCAUCUUUGCCAUCUAUAAAAAGGGGUCCCCUGAUGAACCUUCUGGGAAAGAUGCUUUACAGCCGGGACGUAAUCUUGUGGCAGCUGGUUAUGCUCUCUAUGGGAGUGCCACAAUGCUCGUGCUGGCCACUUCUGCUGGAGGUGUCAAUUGUUUUAUGCUGGAUCCGGCUAUUGGAGAAUUCAUUUUGGUGGACAGGGAUGUGAAAAUCAAAAAGAAGGGAAAUAUCUACAGUCUCAACGAAGGCUAUGCUAAAUACUUUGAUCCUGCAGUCACAGAAUAUCUCAAAAAGAAGAAAUUCCCUGAGGACGGCAGUUCACCAUAUGGUGGGAGGUACAUUGGAUCUAUGGUGGCCGAUGUGCACCGCACACUGGUGUAUGGAGGAAUCUUUCUAUAUCCUGCUAACUCCAAAAGUCCCAAAGGGAAGCUGAGACUGCUCUAUGAAUGCAAUCCUAUGGCUUUUGUUAUUGAGAAGGCUGGGGGAAUAGCAACAACUGGGCACCAAGCAAUACUAGAUAUAGUGCCUGAAGACAUCCACCAAAGAGUGCCUGUUAUCUUGGGAUCUCCUGAUGAUGUGAAGGAGUACCUUGAGAUAGUCAAGAAGCAUUCAGCUAAGUAAAGAAUGCCUGC